AUGGACGUGCAGAUGGGCCCGGAACAUGUCGUGGCACUCACGACCGGAGGGGAGGUCUUUUGCUGGGGCAAUGGAGGAAAGGGUCAGCUUGGAAAUGGCAAGUUUGACAUGUCCUACAUCCCCUGCAAGGUGGAUGCGUUGGCAAACGAACAAAUCGUGCAGAUUGUGGUGGUGAAGAACUCCACGUUCGCUUUGUCGACAAACGGAACCGUCUUUGCUUGGGGCGAGAACAAGGAUAACAUCCUUGGCUUCGAGGAGGAGACGGCGAAGAAGCAGGUGACGGAAUGGCCAUUGAAGCUGACGCUGCUGCAGGAGAACCGGGUACGCAAACUCGAAGUCUUCGAUGGCAAGACGAUCAUCGCACAUAUCCGCGGACAGGACCACGAAACAACGUUCGGCCGAUUUGAGACAGUGCAAGAAGAUGGUGGUCAGGAGGAAGAGGAGGAGAUAGAAAUCUUCAAGGGCAUCGAUGAGAUGCGCAAGAUCAUGGAGAAGACGCAGGAGUGGUGGAAUCACCUCCUCAACAUCAAGCACGGCCAGCCGUAUGACCUCCCGCAAGACUCGCACAUCAACAUGAACAGCGAGAAGCAGCCUGACAAGAUCGGGGCAACCAUCCAAGAUGACUUGGAGGUUGAACCCGAGCGCCUCCAUCGUGCAGAGAGGCAUUUAGACGCGCUAGUCACGGCUGCCGUGACCGAACUCAAACGGACGCAGCAGAUGCCGGGGACGAGGAAUGUUCGCUUCAUCCUUUGCAUGUUCAUCGACGAGUGCCGUCUGAGAAGAGAGAAGGUGCAGCGCACAAUUGCAGCGCGCCAGCUGAAGGAUGCUAAGGCGAAAUCCAAAGAGAUUGUCGCGUACUCCGUGAAGGACUUCAGCUCGAAUGCGAAUGAGAGCAUACGAAAAAUCAUCGCCGUGACCAAGGAACUUCAGCAGAUGCUGGACGCGGUGAAGACAAUUCAGCCUGUUGACGUGCCGAGUCAGGAACUGAAGGCGACCCUGGUGGAGUGCCUUGAGUGCAAAUUGCAGCUUCACGACAACCAAGUGGAGCUCCUCAAGGCUACAGAGGGAAAGCUGUGUGAUCCGAUGCUGCCGGCGCUGCGGAUUAUCAAGGAUCGCUGGGAUUCCCUAAAGCACUUUUCGCUCUAUGCACUGUACCUGGAGUGUGAGCAAAAGCAGCUGGACUUUGGCAGCAGUGAUGAUGAGCAUUUAGCAUACCUUGUUCGUGCAUCGAACGCUCAGAUAGAUCAAAUCCUCCAGAUUGACAAGGACCGCAUCAUCUCCCACGAUUCGAUGGUGCCUGGGCUUUGCUAUGACCUCCUACGUGAGAAUGCAGAGUUGCGCAAGAUGACGAAUUCGUACCAGUUGCAUGUCCUCAUGCUGUACCAGGGCAAGAAUAUUUCCGACGCCAGCAUAGGCGCGCACUUGAUUCCGGAUCCUACCUCGCCUGAUUAG